AAUAAUGAGCUUUCUUUGUGGUAACCGUGCACUCAUUCUGACUUUUCUGCCCACUUUUCCAAGGUGCUGGUCCAGCCUUGGUCCCAGCGCAGGGGCUUGGUGGUGAGAGGAGGUAUAUACUUACAUGGUAUUUUUUUAAAAAUAGGGUAAAUAGGAAUUUAUAUGAAGUAUCCCACUUAUAAAUUUGAAUACUCUAAGCAGCUUUUGGAAAUUCAGGAGCUUUGAUAACUGUGGGCCUGCAUUUCUUUAAAUAUUUUAAUCUGUUUUUCAAGGUACAAAUACACACAUGUGUUAAGUAUACAUACAGUUCAGUGAAUUUUUACAGAUAUAGACUCCCAUGUGAAGAUGGCCCAAAUUGAGAAAUAGAACAUUUCCAACCCCUGGGCUGUGUUCUUUAGAGCUAGUGACAGCUACUCCUCAAGGGAGGCCUGGCUUCUCCAGUUCACCACAGUCCCCACCAUGCCCUAUUGCCUAACCACUGACAUUGCUUGGGCACAAGGCUAAGCUGCACAGUGUCUUAUUUUUCUCCUUGCUGCACUGCAAAAUCAGUACCCUCACUGUCUCAUCUUCCAGAGGAGGACAUACACUCCAAAAGGUAAGCUACUUUCCCAGGGUCUCACAGCUAAUUCCUUGAAGCUGGGACUUCAGUUUGUAUUCACAGGAGCCAAAGCUCUCAAUCGAACUGGGGCCCUCAGCUUGGGACCCUGGCUCCUUGUGUGGUGAAAGCCCGGGAGGCUGGGAAGAGCUUAUGCUUCCACAGCGGUCACCCAUCUGGACCGAGGGGAAGUGGGCCCUCCAAGCUGCGGAGGAAGGGAGCAUGGCAGUCGACCCUGGAGUUAGCAGAGAAUUAACAUUCUUGUCAGCAGAGAAUGAGGCAGGAAUAUAAUUAAAACUUCGCCCUUGGAAUAGCUGAUUCAUUUGAAUUUUAUUCCACACGUUUGAAAGAGGAAAGAAAAUGUGAAGAUCUGCAGCUCUGGUUCUUGCCUUACUUGGGGUGGCCCAGCUCUCUAGCCCAAUUCUUUCCUCAGCAUUCAGUCUGCUAAUGUUUACUGAGGGCCUACUAUGUGCUACUGUGUGGGGCUGUCAUGUAGGGUGUUGAGCAGCAUCCCUAGUUUCCACCCAUGAGAUGCAGUAGGACCCCCCACACCCUGAGUUGGGACGCCCAAACUGUCCCUAAAUGUUGUCCAAUCAUCCCUGUUUGGGUACCUCUGCUCUAGAUUCCUACUGUGGGUCCAAUUCCUGAUGCCCCCUUUUCCUAGCAUGUGAUCCCUGCCGUUUUGAGCCUCUCCCUGUCAAAUGGAACAACCGUAGUGAGGUCCUUGACCCCAAAUCUUACCAGUAUUUUACUUAACAAACAUUUGUUGAUCACUCACUGUGGGCCACACUGAGAUGGGUGUGUGAGACUCCUGGUCCCCUGCUAGUGGCUCAUGGGAUGCGGGAAUGAAAUAGCCAACCAAGGGAGACAGGCUGGCUGUGUGAGCACUUGCAAAGGAAUGCCUGACCAGACCUAGAACAGAGACAGCCGCCUGGGGGACUGACCUUUACCCUAAGGCCUGAAAAAUGAAAGGGUAAGCCUGGGGAGGGAACAGCUUGUGCAAAGGCCCAGAGGCUGGAAAGAGCAAGGCCUUUCAGGCAGCUGUGAGUGGGUUUAGAGCUCAAGGUCAGGGGUGAGGCUGGAGCAAGGGACACAGACUGGCUGUAGGGCCAAAUCAUGGAGUCUGGAUGCUGCACUGAGAAUGACAUGACCCAUCAAAGGGGUGACAGUUAACUAUGCUUGCUCCGCCUAGGAGUCCAAAAUACUUCUUUUAGAAGUGCGCCAUUCAGAGGUUCCUAGUCUCUUUACAAGGUUGUACAAUCAUCACCACUAUCUAAUCCCAGAACGUUUUCAUCACUUCCAAAAUGUUCCUUAGCCAUCGUUCCCCACCUCCCAGCCCUUGGCAACCACUUAGUGACUUUCUGACUGUGUGGAUUUGCCAACUCUGGACAUUUCUUAUUAAUGGACUCAUGCAGUAUGUGGCCUAUAAUAUCUGGCUUAUUUCACUUGGCAUGUCAGGGUUCAUCCAUGCUGUAGCGUGUGCCAGAACUUCCUUCCUCUUUAUGGCUGGAUGAUGUGCCCCGUGCGGAUAGGUGCACCGCAGUUUGCUGAUCCCUCAUGGGUUGGUGGACACUGGCAUUGUCUCCACUUUCUGGCUAUUAUGAAUAAUGCUGCUGUGAACAUUCAUGUCCCAAGUUUUUAUGUAGGCUGUAUGUCUUUAUUGCUCUUGGGUAAAUGCCUUGGAGUGAAAUUGCUGGGACGUACAGGAGCUUUUUUAGGAACUGCUAAACUAUGUACCAAAGCAACUACCUGGUUUUACACUCCCAACAGCAGUUGAACCAGUUUUAGAUGAAGAUUGCAAACCCCGGUGCAACAGGACUCAGGACUGUGCUGCAUGGGCAGAUAGUAGAAAGCCAACCCCUAGACCUCCGCCCCAUUACUUCCAACAGCUAGUGCUGAGAAGCAGCUGUCCCCUUCAGUGGGGUAUGACUCUCCAGGAUGCCACAGUCCCCACUCUGCCCUAGAGUCUCCCCAGCAUUGAGGCUGAGUGCCAUUUGCCUCAUGUCAAACUCCCUGGGCUGUUGCUUUCCUUAGAGAAGUGAGGUAUUUCCCUGUAACUGGGUCUCUGUUGGAAGGGGGAAAAGCUAAGCUAGUCCAAGAGGGUCAUAGAUUUCAAGGCCAAUGCAAAAAUAUGUAUUCCCACCAUGCAGCAUGUAACAUGAGAGCAAUAAAACUUUAGUCCCGAUAAGAAUUCUAACAUUGUACCAAGGCAGAUGGAUUCCAUAGCCAGACCACUUGGACUUCAGAUCUGCCCCUUGGGUAAUUCACCCUCUGAGAAUGAGUUUCCUUCUCUGUAAGCUGGAGAUAUGCCAUCCAUCCCUCACAUGAGGGCUUAUGCCAGCACCUGGCACAUUUAGGUGCUCAGUGAGGACAAGCUAUUAUCGUGGUGGUUGAUGCCCACAGGCUGAGAGAGGCAGAAUCCAUCUGGGAUAAUGCUCACCACUCUGCCCCACUGGCUGGGGGACUCUCAGGGUAUCUAAAGGGUCAGAGAGUUCCAGGGAGCCCGAGAUACCAUCCUGCUCUCAGAUCAGUGCCACCCUGGUGGGGGAUUGGGAACCGCAGGGUGACCUCAGGCCAGAACUUAGUGGCUGCUCAGUUUCAAUGAGGAAACCUAACAUUUAUUGAGCACCUGCUGUGAGCCAGGGACUCUAGGUGCUUUCCUGGUGAGAGCGCACCACUGCACCUAGGAAGAUCCCGUUAUCAGUCCCAUUGUACAGAAAAAACAACAGAGGCACAGAGAGGUGAAGCAAUUUGCCCAAGGUAACAUAGCUAGGAAGCAGUAGAGCUGAGAUUGCAAGUCUGUGCUUCUGACUGUACCUCAGUGCUGAACGUUGGUACUCCUGGAAAGGGCCCCUGCGCAGAGGCCCGGGGCUUUGCCAGAAGUGUUAAAAUACAUCGGUGCUUACAAUAUGUUUUAAAACACUGGGGCUUUCCUGUCUUUCCUCCCUCCCUCUCUUCCCUUCUCCUUCCUUCCCUCCCUCCUGACAAUAAAAGUAGUCCAUUUUCACUUGUAGAGAAAAAUAUGUGGAAGUCCCCCAGACUCCCCAGACCCGCCAGCAGAGAUGUUCCAAUAAGCUGACGGCCCCUUUCUGCCCCCAGCCCCCACCUUAUGGAUGCCGGUGUCUUUCGCCGUCUCGCCAUCUCCCGUAUCAGGCCACAGGCUGGGGCGGCACAGGUUCAGCCUCUCCUCGGCUGCGGCUUGGCCUGGCCGGGCUGCAUGCUCGCUGGCAGGCCUUUCGGAGGCAGUUCAGAGCUUGGGAGCGUGCAUUCCUCAGCCGCCUCACACCCCACCACCAGACUGGUGUUCGCACAGGGAGAGUAAAAUUGGGAUCGGCUGGAGGAUGGGACAGCAGGACUUCCUUCUGUGUUUUAUAAGCAUAUGUGCAGGCCAAGCGAGGCCUCCAUAUGUGAGGGCCAGAGCCCUGGUCGGGAAAAGCUUCCCAGCCCCCUGGCCCCUUGUCCCCCUAACCCCUACACUUGAUGUAGCUUAUUCAGCGUUUCAGCUCAGCCCCUUCCAGAACCCAGAGCAGCACAAUAGUGGUUUUUUUAAGGAUGCAUUCAUUCAGUUGUGUGCAUACAUUCUUGUACUCAUUCAUCUGUGUGUGCGCGCAUGUGUGUGCAUUCAUACAUCCACCAUCCAGCUGAGCCCCUUCUAGACCACCAGGCUUGGUCUUGUGAGCAACAGUGACUCAGCACCUCACCUGCCCUUUCAGAAUUUGGAGAACUUUCAUUCUAGAGGUGGCUGGCCCGGAAUAAGUAGACAUGAAGUUCAGUGGGCUGGGAGGCUACGACAGGAGGACUGGGGGCUCUGUCAUGACUGCCCUGUGUCACAUUAGGUGGCAGGAAAGGCCUCUCUGUGGAGGGGACAGUCAGCCUGGGGCCUGAAAGACAAGCAGCGUUCACCCUGUCAACAACAGAGAAAAAGUGCUCCAGGCACAGAGAGAGUGGAGGGUGAGGCCAGGCAGUUUCAGGCAACCCCAGGGGCCGGAGCAGCUGGUGGUGGACAGACUGGAUGGGGAGGUGGGGCAGGGGGCGCUGACAGUGUUCGGCCUUGCAGGCCGUAGGGAGACUGUGGGUUUCACACUAGGGAAGGGAGGCCCUGUAGGGUUCAGUAGCGAGCUGUCCUGCCUGGUGCAAAAAAAUCUCUUCAGUUUUGCUAGUGGACCAGGGAGGCCCACAGAGGUGGGGCUUGUCUGAGAUGGCACUGGAGUUGUUACCUCUGGUGGCCUCAGCCAUGUAUACACACAAUACACACGCAUGAACACACGCACACACACUUUAGUCCAUGCACACACAGGUGCUGAGGGUAGAGGAGGGCAUGUGAAGACACACACCAUGGGUUGCAAAUGAGUGGGUUGAAUUUUUACUGGACCUGCAGUAUUUUUUUUUUUAAUGUGAAUUUAUGGCUAGCAUUGACAGAAACUGGAGACUUUUCAUAAAAUCUGAAUGACCUUUUCUUUCUUUUUUUUUUUUAAAUUAUCUGACAUUUGUUGAGCUCUUCCUGUGUGCUAAAGCACUGAACUGCUUAGCAAGGCCUUCGUCAAGAUGGUCGGGCAUCACGUCUCCUUCCUGGAAGCCCACGUGCUUCAGGCUGAGCGGGACCACGGGGCCUUCUUGCAGGUCCUGCGGAGGUGGCUGGGCCCCACGGGCCUCUCCUCCUUCAAGAACAUGAGGAGGCUGAGGCUCCGAGAGGUGAAGGGGCUUGCCCAGAGCCACUCGGCCUGGCGUGGCAAGCCUGGAUUGGAGCCCUGGCUGACGGAAAAGCAGUGUCCCAGUGGGGUGAGGCUGCACAUGUCAGGACCUGUGCCUUCUCAUCUCUACCAGACUUGGGGCCCCCCCAGGACUGCCUGUGGUGACUUGUUCCAGGAAAUGCAUCCCAGCCGGGGAAACCGUCCACCCCAGCACCCCCAACGUACGAGCUGCCCACGCUGUACAGGACCGAGGACUAUUUUCCUGUGGACGCUGGGGAAGCGACGCUCCAAACCCCCAGCUGCCAUCGGCAUCUGUGAGCCUUGUGGUCCUGCCACGGGGACGUCGUUGGAAAGCGAGAGUCGGUGGUUUGCAGAAGCAGUUGGAGCCCAUGUGUGGCAGAGCCUCGGGGGUGAUCCGGAGGAGGCAUUUCCCACCAGUGUUCGGCCUGCCUGGUGUUCUAGGAUGAGACGGUCACGUCUGCGGAGCCACCUGGCGCGGAGCCUGGAGACUCAAAUUUCCCUUUUCCAAUGUGAAGGGCUUUGUGCGGAAAUCAUGGGGCUCACUUAGCGCCGCCAUGGCUGCAGGCCCCUCCGUGCUGGUCGGUCUGCCUGCGAACCGCAGCACCCACGGGCCUGAGCAGCAUCUCAAUAAAGGUGUCAAGAG